AUGCCAAAUUGCCUGGGAGCCAUAGACGGUACUCAUAUUCCGCUGAUACCACCACAUGAUGGGGAGGAGCAGUUCCGUAAUAGGAAAAGCUACCACUCGUUAAAUGUGCAAGUUGUGGUGGACUCCCACCAGCGCAUUAUGAGUAUCAGAUCUGGGUUUCCCGGAAGUUGCCAUGACAGCCAUAUCCUGCGGCAGUCAGCUCUCUUUGAACGAUUCGAACGAGGACAAAUGCCAGAGGGCUGGCUGGUGGGAGACGCAGGAUAUGGAUGUCGAUCUUGGUUGCUAACGCCUCUGUCGAAUCCUCAGACUGCGGCCGAGGUUAGAUAUAAUAGUGCACAUAUCCGUACCCGUUCAGUUAUCGAGAGGACAUUUGGAAUGUGGAAAUCCACAUUCCGAUGCCUAUCGAAAACUGGUGGCUUUUUACAGCACUCUCCGGAACUGGUGUCAGAUAUCAUUAUUGUAUGUGCAAUUCUACACAAUAUUGCUCUUGCAAACAAUGUAGACUUGCACAUCGAUGAUGAUCUGCCACCAGAAAUACCGGCACUCCCGGCUGCCUCUGAAGAUUCCUCAGACCUAGGGAACAAUGUCCGUCAGAGACUCAUUCAGAACUAUUUCAGGGAUCUACAAAGAAGGACGACUAAUUAGUUUAACGUUUGUGAUCCUAUCCUGUUGAAGUUG